AUGCCUGUGAAUCCACCAUCUCAAAACAUAGGUGCUCCCAUUCCAAACAAUACCGAUCAUGCUGUUUCUGUUACUUUGCCCACGUGGGAAGCAACGGUAGGAUAUGAAGAAGGUAAAGAUUGGGUUGUUCAAAAGAUGAACUCUGGCUAUCCACGUUUUUUCAUCCACAACGAUAUCCAACAACUAGCAAAAUUGGUCGAAGGUUCAUACGGCAGGGACGAUGAAAGAUGUAUGAUUUUCCCUACUUAUAAUAUUGCUAAACGUUGCAGGGCCUUCAUCAAGGAAAAGGCGGCUGCGUUAAAUCCUCCCGUGAAGGCUGUUGUUAGAAUUUUGCAACUUUCUUCACCCCCUCCGGCCAAUGCUGAAGAAACUUCCACCAAAGUAGAAGCAAAUCUUGCAUUUGUGUUUUUUCAUUCCAAGUUAUUUCCAAUAGCCAAACAAUACUGGCAACAUAGUGGUGAGGGUAUUUCGUCUAGGUUGGCUGAAUACUUUCUCUCUGAGAUGAAGGAUAAGUUGGCUGCAGAAAUGAACUCUAAGAGAGAUUCCGCAUCAACCGCCUCAUCAUCGUCGCAUUCUCCACGGCCUUCAAGAUCAUCCAGAUCCUCAAGAUCGUCUAUUAACAUUAGUAGGUCAAAUAUAAAGCAAGAAAGUGCUACCUUUAUUGAGGAGAGAUUUGGUCGGAAUUUAGAUCUAAGGUUUGCAAAAGAUGCAAAGAAAAUAUUGUUACAAAGACUAGCAUCAGAAUAUGAUCACUCAUAUUCAGAUUCUGAAAAUGUUUAUUUAUAUCCAUCAGGUAUGGCAGCCAUCUUCAAUGCACACCGUGCAAUUUUAGGUUUUAAUGAUGAAAAAGAUUCUAACACCCUCAAAUCUGUAUGUUUUGGUUUUCCAUAUGUUGAUACUUUAAACAUUUUAAGAAAAUGGGGUGCUGGGGUUCAUUUUUAUGGUUUUGGAGAUGAUGAAUCCUUGGACGACCUUGAACUACGAUUAGAAUCAGGCGAAAGAAUUUUGUCUUUAUUUUGUGAAUUCCCAUCUAAUCCUCUUCUCAAAACACCAGAUAUUAUCAGAAUCAAAAAGUUGAGUGACAAAUUUGGGUUUUCUGUUGUUGUAGAUGAUACUGUUGGUAACUCGUCCAAUGUCAAUGUGAUCCCAUAUUGUGAUAUUGUUGUUUCGUCAUUGACAAAAAUUUUUUCGGGUGAUUCCAAUGUUAUGGCAGGUUGCCUAGUGCUUAAUAAAAAAGGUAAGAAUUAUGAUAAAUUGAAGGAGUUCAUGAAUGAUGAUUAUGAGGAUUUCUUCUGGGAUCAAGAUGCAAUUUAUCUUGAGAGAAACUCUCGUGACUUUGAGGAGCGUUCUAAGAAAAUGAAUGAAAAUGCUGAGCAAGUUCUGAAGUUAUUCCAAGAAUCUCCUCUAAUCGAGAAGAUUUUCUACCCUAGCGUCACAUCUCCCGCAAGCAAAGCUCAUUAUGACCAAGUUAAACGUGAGCAUGGUGGUUAUGGUGCAUUACUAUCGGUUGUCUUCAAAGACGAAAUGGAUGCCAUUUGUUUUUACAAUACGGUUCAGCUAUCAAAGGGGCCAUCUUUAGGUACCAAUUUUACACUUGUUUGCCCAUAUUCAAUCUUAGCUCAUUACAAUGAGUUAGACGAGGUCGCUAAGUGGGGAGUUGAUCCAAAUCUCGUCAGAUUAAGUAUUGGUAUGGAGAAGACAGAGGAUUUACUGAAGACCUUGAAGGAGGCAUUAGAUGCAGCUCAAGAGCAACAUGAAAUAUGA